GUAAUAAUGAGACCCCAUCUAAAAACAGAAGCAGAAUGUGACGUGUCGAAAUAUUGACAACAAAUGCACAAGUUUUACAUUCAUUAGUUUGACGUUUAAUUGUGAAUUUUUUUUAAAAAAAUUACAUGAAUGUGUAUAUAGUUGAAGAAUAAUAAAAUGGACGAACUGAAAAAUAAAUUAUUGGGACUGAUACAUAAACAACCUCCUAAAAUACCUUCGAUGGGUUUUAAUGAUGCUAAUUAUCAUUUUUCUGAUUUACCAACUCUUUCCAUCAACAGUAAAACCGUACAAGAAGUGGACAGACCAGCUGAUCAAGACAUACUGGAGAGUAUAGAGGCUGCUUAUUUUUCUAUUAAUCCAGAAUUUGAUAUUUGCAGAUUUGAGCUUGAAAAAUUGCCUGAAAUUUUGGAUUGUGACCAAAUACAGAGAGACUUCAAAAAAUUAAAACAGCAGCAUCAAGUUGUUUCAAAAAAAGUUCUUCAGCUAAUUCUUGAACAUCAAACUGGUUGUAAUGGAGAAUUUGAAAAGAUAAUAGAAAUUCUAGAGAAGGUUAAAGAAACUUUAGCAUUGUGUAAAAUCAGUAGAAAAGAGUUGAAAAUUGCAGCGAGUCAGUUUACUGAUAGCUUAGGGAUUUUGACAAAUUAUAGGAAAAGAAAAAUGGCUCAAAAUUUUUUGAACCACCUAAAAAUGAUUAAAGACUUGCACAGCUUUGAAAAAAGAUGUCAGCAAAUGAUGUUGGAAGAGGAUUUUGUUGGAAUAAUAACUGAAUUGAAACGAUGUCAGAAAAUUGCUAGUCAAUAUAGGCAUUUCAGUUGUGUAGCCGCCUUGACUUACAAAAUACAAGAAACUUUGGAAAACACAGAUUCCCAACUAGAUAGAAUAUUAGCUCAGACUUGUUUUCAUUUUGACAAAGAUCGUUACAUAAAACUUCAAGCUGCUUAUGAUCUCCUAGAUAAAUCACAAGUAUCUAUGAUCGACAAUUUACAUGUUCACUAUAUAACUGCAAUAUAUAACUCAUCAUUUAAUGUAGUGCAAUCAUAUAUUUCAUGCCCCGAUGUAUUGGAAUCAAGUGAAAAUAGUGGAAAAAAUCCAUACACGGUUUUAUGUCAAUCCAUAGAUGUAGACGUUUUUAUACCUUGCCUCGUCCAACUCUGUAAGUUAUUGUUCAAAAUUGUUUUGAGCUACCACAAACUCAUGAAAUGGCAUAAUUCUGAUAAUGAUACUGAUAAUACUGAAUCGGACAGUGAUAUUGCCGCUAGCAAACAAAAAUUGAAUCAUAACUUGAUAAAAAUAUGGGAUGAUGUACAAAGAAAAGUAUCUAGCUUAUUAUUAAAUGGUGAUUUAACAAAGUAUAAGUUUGAUCAAUUUGUACAAGUGCUUAGAGUCGUUCAUAGGUUAAUCCAAGUAGGAGAAGAAUUCUGUUCCAGUAAAUCUGAAGACUUACAAGAAUCUAUAAAAAAACAAAGUGAAUAUUAUUUUAUGAAUUAUCAUGCACAACGCUUAGAAGAAUUGAAGAUAUUUUUGGAGAACGAAAUGUGGGAAAUUUGUCCAGUAAAAUCGUCUUUCAAAAUAAGCCAGUUACAGGAGUUCAAACCUUUUCGUUAUUCAAUAAAGACUUUUGGUACACAAGUAAGUCCUACAACUAUAAACUAUUCCACUAAUUCAACGGAAUGUUGUUCCUCAACUCAUUCACUAGAUGGUAGUAGUAUAAUAGGGAAUUAUUUCAUUCGGUUUGCUGAACAUGGAACCCCAUUUGAUACUGGUCUAGAUAAUACUGUAAUAGAGGAAGAUAUCAUGGCUUCAGAAAACGAUGGUUCAGGAUAUUAUUCGGAAGAAAGUGAUGACAAUCAGGAUUUAGAAAAUGAUUAUGUGGAAGAUUUAAAUAAUUUAAGGAAUGUAAAUCGAAAAGAAAAAAAAGAAAAGUCACAAACUAAUACUCCAAUUCUUACCAAUACUACAUUAACUGUACUUCGUCAAAUGGGAAAAUACAUUCAGAUGUCUCGCCUGCUAAAACCGAUUGCUUUUCGUAUUAUAUCAUCUAUGAAUCAACUUUUUGAUUAUUAUUUAUAUUCAGUACAUUUAUUUUUUGGAUCCGACUUGUGCGUUUCCAGUACAAAUCUAUAUUCUCAAGAGCUUAAUAUGACAUUAGAAAGAAUCUCGAAUGAUCUGAUAUUAGAAAACAUGCCAAUAGAUCAAGAUACAGGUCGAAUCGGCAAAGUUUAUAAGCCUUCCAUUUCACCUUUAAUAGAUUUAAAAAAUCCAGAAACAUUGUAUGGUUUGUCUGAAAGAAUAGUAGCUGUAGAAAGUCUGAUAUUUUUAGCAAAAGAAUAUGAAUUCUUACAAGAAUAUUUAGAGUAUUUGACACCACAGAAUCAUAAAGCAUUGUUACAACAGUUUUACCUACAAAAUAUUGCGAGUGUUCCAGAUUUAAGAAAUCCCAUUUAUAUGGCUGUAGUAGCACAGUCUUUCGAUUUAAGACAAAUUUUAAUGAACAUGGCCAAAAUAAAUUGGGAAGUUAGAGAUGUUAGGUCUAUGCACAAUUCAUAUGUUGAUACAUUAUUAAGAGAAAUACACAUUUUUACAUUACGUUUAGAAGAAAUAUCUUUAAAAGUACCAGUUUCAUCUGAAGUAUAUAAAAAUAUUUGGACAAACGUUGCUCAUAUAGUGACUCAUACUUUAGUACAAGGGUUUUCUGAAGCUAAGAAAUGUACUAAUGGUGGAAGAGCAUUGAUGCAGUUGGAUUUCACUCAGUUUUUGACAAAAUUUGAAAAAAUAUCUUCUCUAAAACCAGUGCCUCACAAAGAAUAUGUUGAAAACUAUGUUAAAGCAUAUUAUUUACCAGAUCUCGAGUUAGAAACAUGGAUUAAGGAACAUAAGGAAUAUUCCUCUAAGCAUUUAUUUGGAUUAGUGAGCUGCGCAUGUCAAAAUAAUAAAAAAACACGACAAAAAUUGUUGCAAGUAAUUGAAGACAUAGAAAAAAACAAGUUUCAUAGGUAACACAACUGGAUUUUCAACAGUCAUUUUAUCUUUUUAACUAUUCUCUCUUCUUAUGUGAUAUUGUUACAUAUUAUAGAAUUUUAAGUUUAAAUCUAUUUAUUAAAACCAUUGAGUGAUAUUUUUACCCGAAAAAUGUAUUUUUAUGAAUUCCAGAGAACAACUUUUGUAAUGUACUUAUUUUGUUUCCUUAAUUAUAUAUUUACCAGUUUAAAAA